AUGGAGAGCACGCGAUAUCAUCCCAAGGUUUCGCAGAUGGAGAGCACCCAGGAUCAUUCUGAACCUUCACUGAGGAAGAAGGCGGAAGCAACGUGUCCUCCACUGAAGGAGGAUGUAACCCACCAAUCAGAGCCUUCACGAAUGGAGGAGACCACGCCACUUCAUCCAGAAUCUUCACCAAUGGAGAACGUAGCACAAGAGCCCAAGGCCUCUGCAGUAGACUCUGCAUCACCUCAUUCUGGACCUUUAACGAAGGAGGAUAGACACUCUUGUUUUAAUAAUGUCAAGUUGUUUCUCGCAGCUCUGACGUUUGCUUUCUUCGCGAAAGCAUUAUCUGGGAGCUAUAUGAAGAGUACAAUCACACAGAUGGAAAGACGCUUCAAUAUUCCGAGUUCACUCGUUGGCAUCACUGAUGGGAGCUUUGAAAUUGGGAAUCUGACAGUGAUCGCCUUUGUGAGUCACUUUGGAGCUAAGUUUCAUCGACCAAAACUAAUCGCAACUGGUAUGGUCCUCAUGGCUAUUGGCUCAUUUAUAAUAACCUUGCCCCAUUUCAUCAUGGGACGCUAUGAAUAUGAAUCAGCAAUUAAACCCUCACACAAUUCUACAUUAAAUGUGUCCUUGUGUUCAACUGACCCGUAUGACAAGCUAACGCCAGAAUUCCUGAACAGCUCCUCAAAAGUGCCUAAACUGGGUUGCGAAAAAACAAUUGAAUCCUCCCUCUGGGUCCUUGCACUCCUUGGAAAUCUCAUCCGUGGAAUUGGGGAGACACCAGUCAUUCCUUUGGGUAUAUCUUACCUUGAUGAUCACGCUAAACAGGAAAACUUUGUCUUCUAUUUAGGAUGCAUGUACACAUUUGGAUUGUUGGGCCCCUUAUUUGGCUUUGUGCUGGGAUCAUUCUGUGCCAAGCUGUUUGUGGACAUAGGAUUUGUGAGCUCAGACAGCCUGACAAUUACACCAAAGGAUAGUCGAUGGGUUGGUGCCUGGUGGCUUGGCUUUUUAAUAGCUGGGAUGCUAUCCAUUCUUGCUGCAAUACCAAUAUGCUUCUUUCCAAAAAGCAUGCCGAGAGAGGGAGAAGGGAAGACAAAACACAACAGGUCCCCUGAAUGGUCUGGAGAAGGAGACCAUAGAAUGUCUGACCAUCCAUCUCAACAGUCAUCCACGUUUUCCGCACUGGCAAAAGGUUUCUUGCCAUCUGUGAAACGCCUGUGUUGCAACCCAAUUUAUGUAUUGCUUCUAAUGCAAGGCACCUUACUAAUGAACAACAUGAUCGGAACAUUAACAUUCAAACCCAAGUUUAUGGAGCAACAAUAUGGCCAGACAACAUCAAGAGCCAAUCUUUUACUGGGGCUUGUCAAUAUUCCUCCCAUGGCGAUUGGAAUUUUCUGCGGUGGGCUGGUGAUGAAGAGAUUCAAGUUAAAUGUGAUUGGAGCGGCGAAGUUCUGCAUUGGGACAGCUGUUGCUUCAUGGAUGCUUCUUGUCUUAUAUUUUACAAUGGGCUGUCAGAAGACACCAGUAGCAGGUUUGACAGCCUCCUAUGUCGGAGUCAUGGAGAGAUGGGACAAUGAGCACAGUUUAUUCUCCCAGUGUAACACUGACUGCAUGUGCUCAAGCUCAGAGUGGGAACCUGUCUGUGCUGGAAAUGGACUAACUUACGUUUCUCCUUGUCUUGCUGGUUGCAACUCAUCGAGUGGGACUGGACUAAAGAUGGAAUUCCACAACUGCAGGUGUGUUUCCCAUUUGACAGCUCCCAAUUCUUCUGUAGUACUGGGACAGUGCCCAAAAACUGAAGAUUGCAACAAAGUCUUUCCAUAUUACUUAGCAGUAACCAUUCUCGAAUCGUUCACCCUUUCAUUUGGAGGCAUGGCCGAGUUUGAGGUACUAAUCAGGUCCAUUGAUACAGAGAUGAAACCCCUGGCAAUAGGCAUUUACAGCCUGAUGAUAAGAAUGUUCGCUGGAAUUCCAGCUCCUAUUUACUUUGGAGCUCUGAUAGACACAACAUGCCUGAAGUGGGGAACCAACAGUUGUGGGAGGCGAGGGGCUUGCAGGCUGUAUGACACGGAUGCUUUCAGGUAUGUCUACCUCGGAAUGCCUGCCGGGAUUGGAGUGGCCUGUUUUGCUCUAUUUAUUCCGUUUUUUAUGCAAGUGAAGAAGCGUUUUGCAAUAAAAGAUGAAAAAGCAUUUGACAAUGUAUGUACAGAACUGGACAUCAUUAAUGAAGAUAAUGACCGCACUGGCUGUGACCUCUCGAUGAAUGCAGUCAAUCCUGAUCCAUGA